UUACCAUUCAGAAAAUUAUUCCGACGAAACAAUACAAUGCCUGAGAUGACUACAAACCCAGAUAAUAGCAAGAAAAACGAAGAAGAUAACUCAUCAGGACCUGCAUCUUCUGCAAAAGAAGGAGGCAAAGAAAGGGAGCGACCUGGAACACCCAAGCCUUCGUCUGUAACUACAGCUGGCGAUUCAGGACAAACUUCUCCGAAACCACCACAACCCCAAACAGCCUUUGACUCCGCCGCAGCCCUCCUUGCUCAGUAUGGAUACGGUCUUGGUGAACAACUUGGAAAGGGUAGCUAUGCUAUUGUACGCUCUGCUUCCUCAAAGAAGCACAAAAGACGUGUUGCAAUUAAGAUCAUAUCAAAGAAGAAAGCUCCUGAAGAUUAUUUAACAAAGUUUCUUCCCCGUGAAAUACAAGUUCUAAAGCGGCUACGACAUAGUAACUGCAUCUCGUUGUUAGAGGCUAUUGAGACAAACACAAGAAUUUAUUUGAUCAUGAAUCUCGCCGAAAACGGAGAUUUGCUGGAAUAUAUUCGAGAGAGAGGUCCAAUGCCUGAUGACGACGCAAGGCGAUAUUUCAGACAAUUGAUCACUGCGACAGACUAUUUUCAUUCUCUGGGCAUCGUUCACCGUGAUCUGAAAUGUGAGAAUUUACUUCUCGAUAUUAAUCACAAUAUCGUGGUUUCAGACUUUGGCUUUGCAAGAGGACAGAUGAUAAAUCCCGAAACAGGGAAAAGAAGACUAAGCCAGACCUUUUGUGGAUCUUAUGCUUAUGCUCCACCUGAAAUUUUAAGAGGUAUCGCUUAUGAUGGAACUGUUGCAGAUAUAUGGAGUCUAGGAGUAGUCUUGUACACUAUGGUCAGUGCAAGUUUGCCGUUCGACGAUUCAAACUUAAAAACAUUGUUAGAGCAAGUUAUGCGACAGGUUCAUUUUUCAAGCCGCAAGAAAAUAUCUCCUGAAGUCAAGGAUUUGAUUUGUAGAAUGCUACAACCAAGCGUGGAGCAACGUGCCACAGUAACAGAAAUUCGAGAGCAUUGCUGGUUCAAAGGAGAGAAGCUACCCCCAACCAAACCAGAUGAGGUCAGUGAGGAAGAAGGAAAGAACUGAACAGAGCUUCACCCUUUGUUAGUAUAUCUAAAAAAUAUGAUAUAUUUUUACACCUAUAUUUUCAAUGUCUUUCAACAGACCUGGUAAAGCUCAACAUGAGUAAAAGUCACUCUUCUAUUUUUAAAAACUAGAUUUUAAAUUUUGUUGGUAUGGCUGGCGAGACAUGUUCCGCCAACAUGCUGGCUAAAAGAGAAAUGUGGCCAAUAUUUUUAUUUUUUUGCAGAAAUAUUGGCCGUCAUUUUGGGAGUUCUAACGUAAUCAG